AUGUUUUUGUUUCAAGUCUUGUCUUUUUUGACAGCUUUGCUUAGCUGUGAGACUUUGCGCCUAUGCCAGCAGGGCGAGACGGAAAAUUGCCUUCUCGAUGUGCCGAGACUUGAGAUCAGACAACUUGACGCUUUACAGAGAAAACAUCUGAUUAAUGCAUUUCGAGGUGAGAAAAUGCAGCACAAGAGAAAGGAAUGGGAGCGCAUUUUGGAAGGAGAUCUCGCUCAUGAUCUCAUCAGAAGACUUGAUGAUCGACUCUCGAUUGAAGGCUUUUUCACGCCUUAUUGGGACUCAAGAAUAGACCGAAGAUUGGCCAAACCGGAAGACUCAACACUUUUCCAUGAUGAUUUCUUACCGCGUCAACUCAGCAGAAAAGAGAGAGCCACAAAGCAAAAUGAAAGAAGAAAAGACUCUCACCCACUUGCUGAUAUUCGAAAAACGAAAAACAGUCAGCUUUUUUUCGUUCUUCAUGAAGUAGCCAAAGCAAAGAGAUACAUCAAUGAAUCCUGUGCUUCUUUGUGUGCGAUAAAAAAUGAUUGGCUUUUCUGUGAUCGACAAAUCGAUCGUUGUGUGGCAACGAUCUCAUUGGGAACAAUGGAUGCUUUAGAGGAGCUCAUUCAUGAAGCUGAUCAGAUACUUAAUGCGGUCACAACCAUUGAACCGGGAAAAGCGGAAAGGAGAAGAACGUUUAGAAAUCUUUUCAUCAAGCCGCUCGAUGAUGAGCUCAUUGGAGUACAAAAGGAGAGUCCUGAAUUGGAGAUUGCACUCAGUUUGCCGACUGAGAUUCCACACAAAGCUGUGUACUCGAUUCAUGAACAAGGAUCGAAAGUCGAAGAAAUGAUUGAUGUGAUUGCUUUCAAACCAAUGAUGAGUACUACUGAGCCAAAAGUUGACAUGGAUGAGGCUGACGAUGUUCCGGUGACUCUACGGGAAGAGUCGUCAACCCCGUAUUUCCAAGACGUUCCCAUCAGUAAGAUUCCUAUUGCUACACGGCUUCCCCAGAAGGGUUCUCCAUUGCUUACUGGAGAAUAUCUCCCAAGAAAGGCGAUUCUCUUUGAUGCACCGGCUCCAUUCCCCACCGUUUACUUCACAGUCACUGUCGUCGAGGGUGAAUACAGAAAACGAAACCGUCGCCAACGUUUUGCCUCGGGUGUUACUGCUUUCACGACAGGUGCCAAUAUGCCAAGCGGAUACACACAUACUUUUGAGGGUAAAUCAUUGAAUGGAACCACAAUGCUGAGAGCUCUUGAUCCACAUGUGGCUGGGAUUUUGACCGAAUUCAAUGUGACUGUUGUUGACAGUCGUGGAUUCCCGUGUCAACAAAUGUGCAAGCACGAAGCCAAAAAUUCGUAUCGUCCGUGUCCGACAGAUGUGAUUCGAUUGAGCACUUUCGCCCAAUACGCUGACGAUAUACCCAUCUAUCAGAACUCGUUGGAAGCCUCGCAAGCGGCAUGGCUGGGACAGGGGUAUUUCCGGCGAAGAAAAGCCGACUAUUUGGUCUACAAGUGCAGAAGUGAGAAACGAAUGCGAAAAAGAGAAAAACAGUCGCCA